GCCCGCCCGCCCGCCCGCACCAUGCUCAAGUGCAUCCCGCUGUGGCGCUGCAACCGGCACGUGGAGUCGGUGGACAAGCGGCACUGCUCGCUGCAGGCCGUGCCCGAGGAGAUCUACCGCUACAGCCGCAGCCUGGAGGAGCUGCUGCUCGACGCCAACCAGCUGCGCGAGCUGCCCAAGCCCUUCUUCCGACUGCUGAACCUGCGCAAGCUGGGCCUGAGUGACAACGAGAUCCAGCGACUGCCCCCCGAGGUGGCUAACUUCAUGCAGCUCGUGGAGCUCGACGUGUCCCGGAACGACAUCCCCGAGAUUCCCGAGAGCAUCAAGUUCUGCAAAGCUCUGGAGAUCGCGGACUUCAGCGGGAACCCCUUGUCCAGGCUCCCUGAAGGCUUCACUCAACUCCGCAGCUUGGCCCACCUGGCACUGAAUGACGUGUCCCUACAAGCGCUGCCUGGGGACGUGGGCAACCUCGCCAAUCUGGUGACCUUGGAGCUCCGGGAGAACCUGCUGAAGUCCUUGCCCGCGUCUCUGUCCUUCCUGGUCAAGCUGGAGCAGCUGGAUCUGGGAGGCAACGAGCUGGAAGUGCUGCCUGACACCCUCGGGGCUCUGCCCAACCUCCGUGAGCUGUGGCUGGACCGGAACCAGUUGUCGGCACUGCCCCCGGAGCUGGGGAACCUGCGGCGCCUGGUGUGCCUGGACGUGUCGGAGAACCGGCUGGAGGAGCUGCCCGCGGAGCUGGGUGGGCUGCUGCUGCUCACGGACCUGCUGCUCUCCCAGAACCUGCUGCAGCGGCUUCCCGACGGCAUCGGUCAGCUGAAGCAGCUGUCCAUCCUGAAGGUGGACCAGAACCGGCUGUGCGAGGUGACUGAGGCUAUUGGCGACUGCGAGAACCUGUCCGAGCUCGUUCUCACGGAGAACCUGCUGACGGCCCUGCCUCGAUCACUGGGGAAGCUGACCAAGCUGACCAACCUCAAUGCGGACCGCAACCGCCUCGAGGCGCUGCCACCGGAGAUCGGAGGCUGCGCGGCGCUCAGCGUUCUCUCCCUGAGGGACAACCGCCUGGCUGCCCUGCCGCCCGAGCUCGCCCACACGGCGGAGUUGCACGUGCUGGACGUGGCCGGGAACCGGCUGCGGAGUCUGCCGUUCGCGCUCACGCAUCUCAACCUCAAGGCCCUCUGGCUGGCCGAGAACCAGGCCCAGCCGAUGCUCCGGUUCCAGACCGAGGACGACGCUCAGACCGGCGAGAAGGUGCUCACGUGUUACCUGUUGCCCCAACAGCCCCCGCCCAGCCUCGAGGACCACGGGCAGCGGAGCAGCCCCUCGGAGAGCUGGAGUGACGUCCCGCCCAGCCGCGUCAGCGUCAUCCAAUUUCUGGAGGUCCCCCCGUGCGGCGAUGACGCUGAGGGAGCUGCUGCUGAGAAGCGGGGCCUGCAGCGUCGAGCCACGCCUCACCCCAGUGAGCUGAAGGUCAUGAAGAGGGGCGUCGAGGAGCGUCGAGGAGAAGCCCACUCCCGCCGGCCAGAGUCCAGAACGCCCUCGCCCCUGGAGGAGGACAAGAGGCUGAGUACUGAGUCGGGUCUGAGCGAGGACUCACAGCCGUCUGCCGGCACAGCCUCCCAGGGAGAGCCUGAGGGCCCAAGCCUGCAGGAAGCCACUCCCGGCCCCCAGGAGGAGGCCACAGAGGAGAGUUAUGAAGAGCCCACGGUGCGCUUCGCGGAGGACACGCUGCUGCUGCCUCCUGGGGAGGACGGUGAGAGCGAGGAGGGCCAGCCGGAGGUGCCCUGGCCCCUGCCUGGCGGGAGACAGCGCCUCAUCCGCAAGGACACGCCUCACUACAAGAAGCAUUUCAAGAUUUCCAAGCUGCCCCAGCCCGAGGCCGUCGUGGCCUUGCUGCAGGGGGCGCAGCCGGAUGGUGAAGGCCUCGGAGCGCCCUCGGGCUGGCACAAUGGCCCCCACGCACCUUGGGCUCCGAGGGCAGAGGAGGAGGAAGAGGAGGAAGAGGAGGAGCCCGAGGAGGAGGAGGAGGCGGCCUCGGAGGCCGAGCAGGAGGAGGAGGAGGCGACCCUGGCGCCCGCGCCCUCCAUCAAGGGGGUGUCGUUUGACCCGGCCAAUAACCUGCUGAUCGAGCCCGCACGCAUUGAGGAGGAGGAGCUGAUGCUCACCAUCGUGCGGCAGACAGGGGGUCUGGGUAUCAGCAUCGCUGGCGGCCGGGGCUCUACACCCUACAAGGGGGGCGACGAGGGCGUGUUCAUCUCUCGGGUGUCCGAAGAGGGCCCUGCAGCCCGGGCGGGGGUCCGAGUGGGUGACAAGCUCCUCGAGGUGAACGGCAUGGCCCUGCACGGCGCCGAGCACCACCAGGCCGUGGAGGCCCUCCGGGGCGCGGGCAGCACCGUGAGGAUGCGGCUGUGGCGCGAACGCAUGGUCGAGCCCGAGAAUGCCGUCACCGUCACGCCUCUGCGGCCCGAGGACGACUACAGCCCCCGGGAGUGGCGGGGAGCCGGCCUGCGCCUGCCCCUGCUCCAGCCGGAGUCUGCCGGGGCCCCCCGCCAGCGCCAUGUGGCCUGCCUCGUGCGCAGCGAGAAGGGGCUGGGCUUCAGCAUCGCCGGUGGGAAGGGCUCCACGCCUUACCGGGCUGGUGACGGGGGCAUCUUCAUCUCCCGCAUCGCAGAGGGGGGCGCUGCCCACCGGGCGGGCACUCUGCAGGUCGGCGAUCGUGUCCUCUCGAUCAACGGGGUGGACAUGACUGAGGCCAGGCACGACCACGCCGUCUCCCUGCUGACUGCCGCUUCCCCCACCAUCGCCCUACUGCUGGAGCGGGAGGCCGGGGGGCCCCUUCCCCCCAGCCCUCUGCCACACUCCCCCCCGCCCCCCAUUGCAGCCCCCACCGCCGUGGUCACUGCCACCCCUGGGGAAUCCGGGCUGCUGAGGCUGGCCCCUGGCCUGCCAGCUGCUGCCUCAGAGGGGCCGUACCCGGUGGAGGAGAUCUGCCUGCCGAGAGCCGGGGGCCCCCUGGGACUCAGCAUCGUCGGGGGCUCCGAUCACUCCAGCCACCCGUUUGGUAUCCAGGAGCCUGGCGUCUUCAUCUCCAAGGUGCUCCCACGGGGCCUGGCUGCGCGCAGUGGCCUUCGGGUCGGGGACCGCAUCCUGGCAGUGAACGGGCAGGAUAUUCGGGAGGCCACGCAUCAGGAGGCUGUCAAUGCCCUGCUUCGGCCCUGCCUGGAGCUGGUCUUGCUCGUGAGGAGGGACCCACCACCCCCAGGCAUGCGGGAACUCUGUAUCCAGAAGGCCCCCGGGGAGAAGCUGGGCAUCAGCAUUCGAGGGGGCGCCAAGGGCCAUGCAGGGAACCCCUGUGACCCCACAGACGAGGGCAUUUUCAUUUCCAAGGUGAGCCCCACGGGAGCGGCCGGGCGCGACGGCCGGCUGCGGGUCGGGCUGCGGCUGCUGGAGGUGAACCAGCAGAGCCUGCUUGGCCUCACCCACGGCGAGGCAGUGCAGCUGCUGCGUGGCGUCGGCGACACCCUCACCGUGCUCGUCUGCGAUGGUUUCGACGCCAGCCCCGUGGUCCCGGCCGAGGUGUCCCCAGGCGUCAUCGCCAACCCCUUCGCAGCAGGCCUCGGCCGCCGGAACAGUCUGGAGAGCAUCUCCUCCAUCGACCGCGAGCUGAGCCCCGAGGGCUCCGCCAAGGAGAAGGAGCCACCGGGACAGACGCCACCGUGGGGACUGGAGGCUGUGGGCCUGAGCUCGGAGAGCCUCAAGCUGGACUACCGCACUCUAGCCGCCGUCCCCGGCGCCAGCAGCACGCAGAGGGUACAAUCUGGGGCAACAGGAGGGAAGAUGGCGGAGAGCCCCUGCUCCCCCAGCUGCCAGCAGCCCCCAGCCCCACCGUCGCCCGACGCACUGCCCACCAACGUGAAGCAAGCCUAUAGGACCUUCGCCGCCGUGCCUGGCCCGCACCCACUGCAGGACACGCCCACCCAGCCCCCUCCCCCCGGGGCCACAGCCUCCCCGGAGCAGCUGUCUUUCCGUGAGCGGCAGAAGUACUUUGAGCUGGAGGUGCGGGUACCCCAGGCUGAGGGCCCCCCGAAGCGUGUGUCCCUCGUGGGUGCCGAUGACCUACGCAAGAUGCACGAGGAGGAAGCCCGGAAGCUGCAGCAGAAGCGGGCGCAGCUGCUGCGGGAGGCCGAGGCCGGUGGGCUCGCCCUGGACCUGGACGGGGAGGAGCCGGAGGAGCCAGCACCCUGGGCCGGCCCUGCCGCGGGGCUCAGCCCCUCGUCCCCCCAGCCUCUCGGAGGCAGCGCCCCGGUGCGCACGGCCAAAGCCGAGCGCCGUCAGCAGGAGCGGCUCCGCGUUCAGAGCCCGGAGCUGUCCAUGCAGGUGCCCGAUCGGGCUCUGUCCCCUGCCGAGCGGCGAGCCCUGGAGGCCGAGAAGCGCGCACUCUGGAGGGCAGCGAGGAUGAAGUCCCUGGAGCAGGACGCUCUCCGCGCCCAGAUGGUUCUCAGCAAGUCCCAGGACGGCCGGAGCAGGCGGGGGCCCCUGGAGCGGCUGGCCGAGGCCCCCUCGCCUGCACCCACCCCGUCGCCCACCCCUGUAGAAGACCUCGGGCCCCAGACCGGCAGCUCCCCUGGACGUCUGGCCUUGUCUGGGAGGAAGUUUGACUACAGGGUGUUCGCAGCCCUCCCUUCUUCCAGACCUGUCCAUGACAUGCAGUCCCCAGACUUUGCUGAGGAGCUGAGGUCCUUGGAACCGUCUCCCAGCCCUGGCCUACAGGAGGAGGAUGGAGAAGUGGCCAUGGUGCUCCUGGGCAGACCCUCGCCUGGCACCACAGGCCCCGAGGAGGUGACACUGUGCAGCAGCCGGCGGCCCAUGAGGCCUGGACGCCGCGGCCUGGGCCCUGUGCCCUCCUAGAGGCUCCUGGUGCCUCCUCUCGACUUAGGGAGGGGGCCCUGCCAGCCACACCGCCACCCUGACCCCGAGUCUUUUAACCUGGGUGUUAGCGUUUUCAAGAGACCCUGCGGGAGUUCCAGCCGCUGACUAACCGCCCCUCCCCCGCUGGGACCCAUCGGCAAGACUGUAACUAGUGACGUUUGUACAACCAAAGACUCUAUUUUGUGGUUUAAGAGGAAUAAAAUUGACUACAUUUUA